UCCCCGUCCCCCCCAGCGCUGCGUUGCCGUGCGAGGCGCUCGGCUGUCUCGAUGGAUGCAGUCGGUGACAGAACUAAUGAAAGGUCUCUGAAGAGAGAAUGGGAUGAACGGGAGGACUGGCUGUUGCUGACAGCUCGGAGGAAGGAUGCCCGGCUUGCUGCUGCUUCUUCCAGCCGCGUGUGAGGCUGCGGGACUUGCUUUCGUUCUGGUGAUCGCCCGGCUAAAGCUGGAGAAUCCGUGCCAGGUGCUGCCCUGCCCUGCGUGCUGCUGGCAGGCCUCGCUGGAGGGCACGGGCACGGGCACAUCUCUGGGGCUGCUCAGUGAGUCCCUGGUCUGCGUGGCCAGAGACUCUGGGCUUUCUUCAGCUGUUCUUUGGGCACUGGCGCUGUGAGAGUCACAGGGCAGUGGCUGCAGGACUGUGCUGAUAAAAGGCCGUUAUGUUGUCUACCACACCAACACUUCCCUUAGGUAAUGUGAAACGAUGGUUAAUCUUGGGACAGAGGGACAUGAGGCGCAAAUCAUUUCAUGCUGCCGUUUGACUUUUAGGGCUGGAGGCGUGUAAGCCUUGUGUUUGCUUUUUUUAUGCCUGAGCAGGUGUGGCUGGGAGCAGCCAGCAGGCGUCGAUGAUGGCAUUUCGUUUCCCUUUUUAUCUCUGAGUCACAAACUUGCAGCGUGCAGUCUGCUGUCCCUUCUUUACCUCUCAUCUCAGUGAAACCUGCUGCAUGGGAGCGGCCGGGAUGCAUGCACUGCAUUGGAUCCCAGCCUUCAUUGUGGCUGCUGUCAUUCCUUUCUUUGCUCUGUGCCCUGCCUGCCGUUGCUGCACCUGCAGGUCGGAAAGGAAAAGCUUUUGGUGACCUACAUCAUUCUCCCUGCAAAAUGGAGUGACUUCAGAAUGGCUCCCCAUGACAUGCUGUGAGCCUCAUGUUUCCCUUCAAGAGCCCUGUCAUUUGGCUUAUUUUGCUUGUGAAGUGAUUACACCCUUGCACAGAACGUUUGCCCUCGUAGCUGUAAGAUCUGCUGUCAGGCCCGGAGCGCUGGCAGCGUGGCCGUAGGCUGCAGCACAUCACUGAGUGCCCCUGGGCCAAGCGUGUUGGUGGGAGAGGCCCCGUGGGUGGCUGCAGGGUCUGUGGCAACGUGCUGGAGCCCGCCUUGCCUUCCUUUUUCAGCAGACAGGGAUCUUGUGCAACCGGAGGCAGCGACAUUUGGUCCGACAGCCACUGCCAAGAUCUUCUGAAUUUGGCUCCUGAUUAAAGCUGACAGAUAAUGGAAACAUUUCCUCAGCGAUGUCUCUGGGGCGACUCCUCCGACGUGCCUCCUCUAAAGCUUCUGACCUCCUGACCCUGAAUCCUGGUGGCAGCAGCGCUUCAUCUUCCAUACUCGAUGGGGAGAUUAUCUACUCCAAGAACAAUGUCUGUGUCCACCCACCUGAGCUGCUGCAGGGCAUCGGGGAGCACCACCCAGGCUAUUUGUGCCUGUACAUGGAGAAGGACGAGCUGCUCGGCACCACGCUCAUCCUCGCCUGGGUCCCAAACUCACGCAUCCAGAGGCAGGAUGAAGAAGCCCUGCGUUACGUCACUCCCGAGAGCUCCCCGGUCCGCAAAGCUCCCCGCAAACGAGGCCGCCACGCUCAGGGAUUUGCCCAGCAGGCUUCUCCCACCGAGCCAAAGGGGGCAGUGGUCCUGAAGGAAGACAUCUUGACUGUGUCACAGCUCGUGAAGGACGGGGCUUACAUCAGUUCCCCUUCUUUGGAUGGGGAGAAGCUGCCCCAGAGCUGUGUGGCAGCAGAUGGUGCCCACCAGUCCCCGCAGCCUGCCCGCAGCGACUCAGGAAUCCUAUCGACAAUCAGCUCUCAGGACGAGCAGAACAGGUCAGAGCUGUCGGUGGAGGAAGGGCUGGACUGCAAGCCAGAGCCAGGGGAGGACGAGGGCUCCCUGGAGCUGUUUGCUGAUGAUGUGAGCAGGGACAGUACUUUCGACUCUGAUUCUGAUGCCUUCUCUUCCCCGUUCUGCCUCUCUCCCAUUAGCGAAGCCCUUGUAAAAAGCAGUAGUUCUGUAUUUCUGGAUAAUGAAACCAGGGACACGGGUGAUGGCUGCAGGGACACAGGUGAUGGCUGCAGGGAUGCAUGUGAUGACCACGUGCCACGUUCCCACUGCUGCACGGAGAGCCCCAACGGCAGCACCCAGAGCCCAGAGAGCAGCGGGCGAAUGCAGGGAGAGGAGCAGCAGAAGGUGGGAGCCUUGGAGCAGAUCUGCGGAGUCUUCAGAGUGGACCUGGGACAAAUGAGAUCCCUGCGCCUUUUCUUCAGUGAUGAGGCAUGCACCUGUGGGCAGCUGGUAGUCGCCAGCCGGGAGAGCCAGUACAAGAUCUUCCAUUUUCACCAUGGAGGCCUGGAUAAAGUGUCAGAGGUGUUCCAGCAGUGGAAGUACUGCACCGAGACCCACCUGAAGGAGCAGGUAGCGGGCAAGCUCGCUGAUGAGAAGACAUGCAUGCAGUUCUCCAUCCGUCGGCCCAAGCUGCCCUCAUCAGAGACACAUCCGGAGGAGAACGAAUACCGGCGCCUGGAUGUGUCAGCGUGGCUCAGCCACCUGAACCACUGUGGGCAGGUGGAGGAGGAGUACAAGCUGCAGAAGGCCAUUUUCUUUGGUGGGAUCGAUAUGUCCAUCCGUGGGGAAGUGUGGCCUUUCCUGCUGCACUACUACAGCUACGAGUCCACCUCUGAGGAGAGGGAGGCACUGAGGGUGCAGAAGAGGAAGGAGUACUUUGAGAUCCAGGAGAAGAGGCUUUCCAUGUCUCCAGAUGAGCAGAAGGAUUUCUGGCGCAAGGUGCAGUUCACAGUAGAUAAGGAUGUUGUGAGGACUGACCGCAGCAACCAGUUCUUUCGAGGGGAAAACAACCCCAAUGUGGAAACAAUGAGGAGGAUCUUGCUGAACUACGCAGUGUUUAACCCAGCCAUUGGGUAUUCCCAAGGCAUGUCCGACCUGGUCGCCCCAAUCCUGGCAGAGGUCCUGGAUGAGUCGGAUACUUUCUGGUGCUUUGUGGGACUGAUGCAGAACACCAUCUUCAUCAGCUCACCCCGGGACGAGGAUAUGGAGAAACAGUUGAUGUACCUGCGGGAGCUGCUGCGGCUCAUGCACCCACGCUUCUACCAGCACCUUUCUGCCCUGGGGGAGGACGGCCUGCAGAUGCUCUUCUGUCACCGCUGGAUCCUCCUCUGUUUUAAACGGGAGUUCCCCGACGCUGAGGCUCUGCGCAUGUGGGAGGCGUGCUGGGCACACUACCAGACAGACUACUUCCACCUCUUCAUCUGUGUGGCCAUCGUGGUGAUUUAUGGGGAUGAUGUCAUUGAACAACAGCUGGCCACCGAUCAGAUGCUGCUGCAUUUCGGCAACCUGGCUAUGCACAUGAACGGAGAACUCGUACUCAGGAAGGCAAGGAGCCUGCUCUAUCAGUUCCACCUGCUGCCCCGCAUCCCCUGCAGUCUGCACGACCUGUGCCAGCUGUGUGGGACGGGGAUGUGGGACAGCGGCUUCAUCCCUGCAGUGGAGUGCUCUGGUCACCACCCCGCAGCCGAGGGCUGCCCCUAUGGGGGGCUGGUGGAGGAUUCUUCUCCCAAGGCAGGAGGUGAAGGCAGGAGAGGCGUGAAAACACACGACAUCUUCCAUUUCCGAAAAUAGCUGGAGAGGAACCGGGAGCGCCAGAGGAAGAGGGAAGGGCAGGAAGGAUGUGCAGAGGAAAAAUGUGGAGGACAAAAAUGGAGGGGAGGCUUGUCAAGGCUCCGGAGAGGACUGGAAGGGGGAGAAUGGAAGAGGGAUGGAGUCUGUCUGCAGGAGAAUGCCACUGUACGAGCGGAGGAACUGGAGCAAAACACACCCGACCAGGAACGGCGUUUGCGCGUGCUUGAAUUUGAUUUUCAUAGGAACAAAAAGGUUUCUAGAUCUUCAUAAGGACUUUUUUACUCUGCCUCUGGGACUGGACUGGUUAGGAACCAGAAGUUGUACCUUGCUGAUGAGAAACAUGAACAUUAAGGAGAGCCGAGUGCCUCCAGCAGUGUGUGUGGCUGGUGGGGGGGGGCAGGGCCCUGCAGCAUCCCUGCACCCCGAGCACGCGUGCUUCAACCAGAACAAUGCCUCUUGGUGGCUUCUCUCUAAUGCCACGACGAUCAUUUUAAUUACAAUCUGCCAAAAAUAAACCUGCAGACCAUUGGGACUGCAGGGAACGUAUCUGCUUUGUUGGUGAGGAAGAGCUGGUCACCUGAAGGCCGUCUCUCGCUCUCUCUGUUUUUACAUGGCAUGCCUGCUGGCAUGAUUCUUCUCCUCUUGUACAGAGAGUGUACAGCCACGGGUCUUAAAGCACUGCUUUCUGUAGUCAGGGUAUUUCAUAGACACGUUUUGGAGUUUACUUCUUUGGGACAUUACAGCAAAACUGCUGCUUUAUGCUGCCAGCCACAGACUUCAGACCCUUGUUUAUGGAAUUCUGUUUAUGGAAUUUCUAGUGUGUUUCCAACGUGUUCCCUUUGGCUCUUCCCAAUGACUGAAUAUUUUCUGUCCUUAUUUGUUUUUGCCAUAGGCACGUGGGGCGGACCCAGCGCUCCUCAGCUGAUGCCACCCGUAUGCACUCUUCCCCAUCCUGAAAGAAAAACAAAACUUGGUUUGUUGCA